AUGGUCAAUGUGCGACUUAUAUGGAUCUUAGAAAAGAAGGGCCUUAGAACUCCAGCCCAGUGUGGCUUUCGUCAAAUGCGUUCUUGCACUGAAAAUUCAAUAUGCGAGGCUUUCAUCUCCAAAAACCAUCAUGUAUCAGUUUUCUUUGACCUGGAGAAAGCUUAUGAUACAACCUGGAGAUAUGGUAUUUUGAAGACACUCCAUGAUUAUGAAUUCCGAGGAGAAUUACCAUUAUUCAUCCAAGCUUUCCUAAAAAAUCAAAGGUUCAGGGUUAAAGUUGGGUUAAAGUUGGAAACUCAUUUUCAUCUCUUUACAGCUGAGAAGAAGGAGUUCCACAGGAAAGUGUCCUUAGUGUGA